AUGGCGACUGCCCCUGCGGAAUCCGUUCAAUGUUUUGGCCGGAAGAAGACGGCUGUGGCCGUCACCCACUGCAAGCGAGGCCGCGGCCUGAUCAAGAUCAAUGGGGUUCCUAUCGAGCUGGUCCAGCCGGAGAUCCUCCGGUACAAGGCUUUCGAGCCAAUCCUGCUCCUCGGCCGCCACCGCUUUGCCGGAGUUGACAUGCGCAUCCGCGUCAAGGGAGGCGGUCACACCUCCCAGAUCUACGCUAUCCGUCAGUCCAUCGCCAAGGCCCUUGUUGCCUUCUACCAGAAGUACGUUGAUGAGCAGGCGAAGAAGGAGAUUAAGGACAUCCUGGCUCGAUACGACAGGACUUUGCUUGUUGCUGAUCCCAGGCGGUGCGAGCCCAAGAAGUUUGGUGGUCGUGGUGCUCGUUCUAGGUUCCAGAAGUCUUACCGUUGA